GUAGAGGCGGCGGCAAAAUGGCGGCGCCUGAGGAGCAGGAUCUAACUCAGGAGCAGACCGAGAAGCUGCUGCAGUUUCAGGAUCUGACUGGCAUUGAGUCCAUGGAGCAGUGUCGCCUUGCCUUGGAGCAGCAUAACUGGAACAUGGAGGCUGCUGUCCAGGACAGACUGAAUGAGCAGGAGGGUGUACCAAGUGUUUUCAAUCCACCUCCAGCUCGACCCCUACAGGUUAAUACAGCUGACCACAGGAUCUACAGCUAUGUUGUCUCAAGACCACAACCAAGGGGCCUGCUUGGAUGGGGUUAUUACUUGAUAAUGCUUCCAUUCCGGUUUACCUAUUACACGAUACUUGAUAUAUUUAGGUUUGCUCUUCGUUUUAUACGGCCUGACCCUCGCAGCCGGGUCACUGACCCCGUUGGGGACAUUGUUUCAUUUAUGCACUCUUUUGAAGAGAAAUGUGGGAGGGCACACCCUGUCUUCUACCAGGGAACGUACAGCCAGGCACUUAACGAUGCCAAGCGGGAACUUCGAUUUCUUUUGGUUUAUCUUCAUGGAGAUGACCACCAGGACUCUGAUGAGUUCUGCCACAAUGCUCUCUGUGCACCUGAGGUCAUCUCGCUGAUAAACAGCAGAAUGCUUUUUUGGGCUUGUUCUACAAACAAGCCUGAGGGGUACAGGGUGUCCCAGGCCUUACGAGAGAACACCUAUCCAUUCCUGGCUAUGAUUAUGUUGAAGGAUCGGCGAAUGACUGUGGUAGGAAGGCUAGAAGGCCUCAUUCAACCUGAUGACCUCAUCAACCAGCUGACUUUCAUCAUGGAUGCAAACCAGACUUAUCUGGUCUAGAUAGAACGUCUAGAAAGGGAAGAAAGGAACCAAACCCAGGUGCUGAGACAACAGCAGGAUGAAGCCUACCUGGCUUCUCUCAGGGCAGACCAGGAGAAAGAGAGGAAGAGGAGGGAGGAGAGAGAGNGGAAACGCCGGAAGGAGGAGGAGGUGCAGCAGCAGAAGCUGGCGGAGGAGCGAAGGCAGGUCAUCCAUGACUUCUUAUUCUCCUUGAAGGAAAGCCCUGAAAAGUUUCAGAUUGAAGCCAAUUUUCCAAGACGGGUACUUCCUUGUGUCCCUUCAGAGGAAUGGCCCAACCCCCCCACACUGCAGGAGGCGGGACUCAGCCACACAGAAGUUCUCUUUGUUCAGGACCUGACAGACGAAUGACACUUUUUCUGCCUCCUUUCUCCCACCCCAAUCCCUAAAAGAAACGGAAAAACAAAAACAGAGAACAAGAGAUAAAUUCAUAUUAUUAUAAUACAAUAUUUUUUUUAAAAAGAAAAAACUGNUGCAUCCUAUGGAAGGAUCAGAAACCAUGCUGCCUGCAAGAGUCACAACCUGCGUGUGUGCGUGUGCGCACGCGCAAGGUCAGCAGNGAGCAUUGCCAGCCCGGCAGCUGCGGCAGACUUGCCUUCCCNCAGUGAAGAGACGCCCUGGUGGGGAAGCAGACAUUCCCACUGUUGUCAGUCAUUCUUGCUUUUGUAGAAGUACAAAUGAAACCCUCCACAGCAGCUCCUGAGGACCUGUUCCUCCCACUGGAGGAAGAGGGGAGAGCCUGGAACAGACUGCCCACAGUCUAUGAAUAACUUUGUUUCUGUUUGCUUUGUAAUGAUAAUGACCAAAGGAAUGAGGCUGGCUUAGUUGUAUUUUUUUCCUUAGAUUUGAUAAAGAGCCACUGUCCUGGGCUCUGAAGCCCAAGGCCAUGUAAUAAAGGUGCCCUGGGCUCCUUUGNGCAUCCUUUGCCACUGUUCCUCUCAAGGUGGUCCUAGAGGGGGCAUUUGGUUUGGUACAGUUCUGCCGCUUGUGGGUCCCGUUUGGAGCAAUGAGAG